UUUCAGGCUCUAAAACUCAAUAUUAAGUUUUUUUAACCAAUUUUUACCUAAGUGUCAAAAAUACUGCAUGAAAAGGAAUAACAUGUAUUCCUUUGUAAAACACUUUUAAAAAAACCUAGCAUUACAAUAUAUUGAAGAAAACAAAACAUGAAAAAUCCUCUAGAGAUACGGUUUGGGGGCAACAUUUUCAUGGUGUUGGGGAUAUAUUUAUUUUUUAACAUGGUAAGUUGUUUGUGUGCAAUGUUCGUACAAUUAUAUUUUCUUUCUUCAUAUAACAAUGUGUAAUAUUCCAUUUUUAAUUAUUAGAAUAUUUGCAUCAGUAAUGCAGGAGGAACCAUAUUCUAAGAUAGUGUUUGCCGGAAUUGAUCCCUAUAGCAACCUUCAUCAAUGGAUUCACUCACAUCAAGACACACUUUCCAGUUGGCUCAUAAUUAAGGGUUGAUUCAGAUUAAGUUGUGCAGGUGUUUUCCAUAUGAAGUCUUAGACUUAUGUACCAAAUUGUGCAUUUUACAACAAAAAGCUACAAUUAUCCUCAAUUUGAAAUAUAAGCAAGUAUCGGAUGUUCUUGCACUAUUCUAUUACCGAGAAGAAUAACAGUGAAUGUACCAGACACAAUUAUUUAUUAUAAUAUUUGCUAUGAUUGAAUUAAGCGGCGAUAGAAUCAGAAAUGCGUCACCAAAAGGCGGCUCUAUCGAAACAACGGGAGGACUGCAUGAAGAAAGCAACCAUACUCAAAAAGGAGCUGGAGACUCUGAAAGAACAGAGAAGCGAACUGCACAGCGACUCCAAACGCUCGCCCAGUCCUGACACCAAACGGUUUUUGAAAGAGAAUACAAAAUUACAGUUGGAGAUACAAAAUAAGUUGAAGACUAUCAACAAUGUUGUGGACAUGUUGAACGGUAUCAUCGGUGAAGAGGUGGACAAGAGUGAAGUGGAUGACUCCGGAGAACGCAGCUCAAAGAGAAAGUCCAGGUCACCGUCAACUAAGAGAUUCAACUACGUAUACUACGACCCGGAGAUGCACUGGUGCCGCGUCUGCAACGAGUUCCCCGCAACCGCUAAAGACUACCUCACGCAUCUGCAUUCGCCCUCACAUCACAAGAUGGCAUCGUCGCACAUGGAGGCGCCCUGGCACUCGGUGGCGGGCAUGAACGAGGGCUUCCCCAACUACCCCUCAGCACCCACCAAGCGCACACCUAUUAGAGGUCUGCAGUUCUUCGUGCCGUCGACAGCGUGGUACUGCAAGCUGUGCGACCAGUUCAUUGGAGACCUGCACUGCGCCUCCGCACAUCUCAAGUCCAUCAUACACUCCAAGAACUACACGAACUUCGUAGAGCAGAACCCGCAUUGGGACACGGACUGGAUGUCUGAUCGUCAGAAGGCCUUCGAGAAGAGCAGAGCCAAAGCCAAGGCUGAGGAGAAGCCGCCCUACGCCGCCCACACCAUCACCUUCAGCAAGGACGGCUUCCACACCAAGAGGAAGGCCAGCCCCGACACGGCGGACAAGAAGAGGAAGAAGGACAGAAGGAAGAAGAAGAAGAACAAGAAGAGGAGGUCCAGCAGCGAGUCCAGUAGCUCCAGCAGCUCGGACAGUGAUAAUAAGAAACGUAAAAAGAAGAAAGAAACGGUGAUAGACAAGAACGCGCUGUCACAAUGGAUGUCAUCAAUACCUGUCAACUUUGACAGGAAGUUGCUCGACAACUUGAAGUACAGAGUCCAGAAAGAACGACGCAAAUCUCCCUCCCGCGAUGAUCAAGAUCGCCGCGGGGAGCGCAGGUCGGACAGCAAAAGAGAAGAUAGACAGGAGAGGAGAGAUGACAGAAGAAAUGAGAGGCCGGACAAGAGGGACGACAGAGAAAGAAGAGAUGACAGAAGAGAGACUUCGGAUAGAAGAGAGGAAAGAACAGAGAGAAGGAAUGAGAGUCAGGACACAAGAGAUAAUCAGUCGCGAUCAGUUCAGCAAGCAGAUGUGAAAAAAACAGAAAUUAAGAAGAUGCCUUUUAUUGGAAAGAUGCCUGUGUUCAAAAACUUAUCGAAGACAGCGAAGAACGAGGAACAGAAAAAAGAGGAAGAGAAGAAGAAACACGAAGAAGAAGUCAUCAAGAAGAAAAGAGAAGAGAUGGACGCGGAGAUACAGAAAAAGGUCGCCAUAUUCAAGGAGAAGAUAGCGAAGGCGCAGCUGGAGAAGCAGCAGCAGGAGAUGGGACUCGCGCUGCCGCCGCUCGCCUUCCUGCCGCCCCCCUGCCCGCCCUGCCCGCCGCAGCUGCUGCCGCCGCCGAUCCCGCCGCCGCAGCCGGCCAGCAACCUGCCCAAGGACUUCCAGGAGGCGCUGGACAUCAUCUUCCCCUCCAACGCGAAGCCCUCUGAGCUGACGCAGUCGGAGCUGUUCGUGCCGGGCCUGCCGCCGGGCUUCGCGCCCAUGCCGCCCGUGCCCUUCCCCCACCACAUGGGCCUCGUGCAGUCGCCCAUCGCCCAGCUGUCGCCCAUGUCACCCAUGAUGAUGGGCUUCGACGUGAACCAGCAGGUGUUGCCUCCCGCGCGGCCGCAGCUCUACGACACGCAGGUGCCCAUCGUGCCCGGACACCAGAACAGUAACAACACCGAGUCUGCGGACGCGCAGAAGACGGAACUCAAGGAGAAGAAUAAAGAAGAGUUGGAGGAGCUCGCGAUGCUCGGUAUCGACGCGUCGGAUGUCGGCGCCGGUAUUUAGCGUCGCCUUCUUCGCCUUCUUCGCCUUCUCACUUACAUCAUAUUUACAUACCUUACUUACUUACUUACUUCAUUCUUACAUAUUACCUUUUACAAAGCAAUAUUAUUAUUAUAUUAAGUCGGAGUACUUUCUUCAUAUAUCAGUUGCAGCAUCCAACGGCAGUGCCAAAUCUCAGAUGAGAGAAUCGAGAUAAAUCUGUACUCACGGGAAUACAGAACACAGAAACGUCAAAGUAAUAAAUUAGGAAUGUUUGUAAUGAUAGCUGCUUAUUUUAUGCCGACAAAAUAAAGUUUUUUAACCUUUCCGGUUGAUUAUGAAUAUUUUAAACAAAUUGUUUAUUUGUCUAUUGUAUUUUGACUAUUUUUGACUUAAAUAACAUGUUUGUGUGUGAACUUUACUCUGGGUUUUCACUGCUGUUACACAUAUUGUCCUUUUUCAAAGAGAUGAGGUAUCUCGAUAUGUGUAGUUUCAGUGCAGUGGAAACCCCACGGUAACAAUAUAGACCGAGAAAGUUAUGUGACCCGGCGCUCAGCUCACACCUCACUAGGGCCCAUUGGCAAUGAUCAUGAGAAGACAGGAAAAGUACAACAAGAAUAUAUUUUUCUUUUAUGUCAUUUCUUAUGUAAGUUUAACAUAUUUGUAACAAAACUAACCGCGAUGGUAGCGCCUCUCACCGGGUCAGAUAACUUUGUCGCACUACAAUUAGGUAAAUUACGUUAGGUUGAGUAAUAUUUAAGUAACAAUUAUGUACUUAUGAAUCUAACGUUUUAUUAUAGACUAAUAAAUUUUUAAUAAAAUAAUGUUUUCAUUGUUAUUUGUGACAUUAAUUAAAGAA